AUGUACAGAAAAGAAAAUACUGCUGCUGUAACGCGAAUGAAAAUGUAUAAGUUAAUACUUUUUCUUGGCAUAUACGUACAUUUUUCUUUAAGUAGUAAACUUCCAACACCUGCUAAAGACUCGGAGAAAAUAAUCGGUUGUUACUAUACUAUAAACUUGGAAGAAGAUAAUCUGGAACAUUCAUUAGAAAUAGGGGGCAUCGAUGCAUCUCUUUGCAGUCAUUUAUUUUACAGUUUCGUUGGACUUAACUCAAACGCUUCUCUUGAAAUUUUCGACCCAUAUGCUGAUAUAGAAUCCGAAGGAUAUAAAAGGUUUAACGAUAUACGGAAAAAAAAUCCGCAAUUGAAAACCCUAGUCUCCAUGGGUGAUAAGGCCGAUGAACCUGACAGAGAAAAAACUAACAUUGAAUUCAUGGCUGAUCCAGGUUUAAGAAAAACGCUGGUUCGCAAUAUUGAAAACUUUGUAAGAAAAUACGGAUUCAAUGGCAUAGACCUCAGAAUCACAGAUUCACCUCAAAAGGGCGCACGCCCUUCUGAUAAGGAAAAUUUAGUUUUAUUCUUAAAGGCCCUCAAAGAAAAAUUCGAUAAAAAAGGUCUAAUUUUAUCAGCAACAGUUGAUCCUAAUGAAGCAGUUGCUAAAUUAUUAUAUGAUAUUAAAGGAAUAUCCACAUAUGUGGACUUCAUAAAUUUAAGGACAGUCGAUUUUCAUGAAAUCUCUGAAGCGGAGAAUAAAGUUGGCCCUCCUUCUCCAAUACGUCCUUCACCAAAAGAAAACGGAGAGGAACGUAAGAAAAAUAUUGAUUACGUUGUUAAAUAUUGGAUUUCGGAAGGUGCUCCACCAAGCAAAUUAAUACUAGGAACUGCCUUUUAUGGAGUAUCUUAUAAUUUAGCCAACCCAAAACAAAUUACAAAAGGCCCACCAUUUUCUCGUGAAGAUGAAUAUCUUGGUGUUUUUGGAUAUGACUAUAUUUGUUCCUUGGUGAAAUACCAAGGAUGGAAGCACCACCACGACAAACAACAACAAGUGCCGUAUGUCUACUUCGGGAAUACAGUUAUUGCCUACGAUGAUGUUGAAUCCAUUCAGAAGAAGGCUGAAUAUGCUAAUAAAAUGAAUCUUGGUGGAGCCGUGGCUUGGACUAUAGAUCAAGAUGAUUUUGAUGGUGAGUGUGGAGAAAAGUUUCCACUUUUGAAAACUUUAAACCGUGUCCUCCGAAAAAAUAAGGAAUUUUUAUCCAUUAAGAUAAAAGCUGAAUAUUCUAUGAAAAUGAAACUUCGUCGAGCCGUAGUGUGGACUAUAAAUGCAGAUGAUAGCUAUGACGAUUGUGGAGAAAAGUUCCCGCUUCUCAAAACUUUGAACCGUGUGGACGUGGUUGUGCCUGAUAGGGAACAUCAGAUGGAGCUGGUAGAAGUGGAGGAGAUGGCGUUCUUGGUAGAACUAAAUUAUCUGUUGGCGCAGGUAAAACUUGAGAAGUUAGUGCUCUUGUUUGAACUGGAUGAUGUGUCGGUAGAGGUAAAACUGGAAGUGAUGGUUGUCUUGGUUCAACUGCCUGAUUUGUUGGUUACUGCUGGUAUAACCAAAGAAGGUGGUGCUCUUGGUCGAUUUUGUGCUGCUAGUAAAACUGGAGGAGGCAGUCCUCUUGAUCGAUUUUGUGAUGUAGGUAAAACUGGAGAAUGUAGUGCUAUUGGCCGAUGUUGUGCUGCUGGUAAAACUGGAGGAAAUUGUGCUCUUGGUCGAGAUCUAGCUGCUGGCAAGAGUGAAAAAGAUGAUGCUCUUGGUCGAUUUUGUGCUGCUGGUAAAACUGGAGGAGGUAAUGCUCUUGAUCGAUUUUGUACUGUCGAUAAAAUUGGAGGGGGUUUUGCUGUUGAUCGAUGUUCUGCUGCUGGUAAAAUUGGAGGAGGUAGGACUGUCGAUCGAUGUAUUUCCGCUGGUAAAACUAUAGGAGGAAGUGCUCUUCGUCGAUGUAUUUCUGCUGGCAAAACGGAAGGAGAUUAUGCUCUAAAAUACUGGAUUUCGCAAACAGCUUCACCAAAUAAGUUAAUGCUAGGAAUUUUUUCUUAUAGACAAUCCUUUACUUUGGCUAAUUUAAAACAAAUUGGUAGAGGUACACCAUUUUCCGGUGUAGAAUUACACGCUUCCUCUCCAUGGACGGUCAUAUAG